CUGACUCUUAGCAAUUCUUAACUGCAGUUGAUUUAAGUACGGGCAUCCCCAAGAUUUCAAUUGAGUGAAAUUGAACACAAUUUGCAACUUUGUAAGAUUUUGUACUUUUUUGGAACAGUCACAAUGCUUCGGACAUCCACACUUCGAGCUCCGUUGCCUCGGGCAAUAGCUCGUACAUUCACCACCUCCACCUGCCCCGCGAAUGCCGUCAACAUCACGAGCAAAUCUGCGACUCGGGUCCUCAAUUCUGCUCCUUCAUCAUAUAAGCUUAAGAGCUUGCAAUCUUCGUUUCCUCGUCUGCAAAGAAAUUUUCACGCAACUACAUACAACAUGUCGCAAACAAGAACCGAAUCCGAUGCUUUUGGAAACGUCGAGGUCCCCGCGGACAAAUAUUGGGGAGCGCAGACUGAGCGUUCGUUGGAGAACUUCAAGAUAAAUCAGCCUCAAGAUCGCAUGCCUCCUCCAAUUAUUAAGGCUUUUGGUAUUUUGAAGGGCGCGGCUGCGACUGUCAACAUGCAAUUUGGUCUAGACCCAAAGCUCGGAAAAGCUAUUCAAGAGGCUGCCAAGGAAGUCGCAGAUCUUAAGUUGCUCGAUCAUUUCCCUCUUGUCGUCUGGCAAACCGGCUCUGGAACCCAGUCAAAUAUGAAUGCUAAUGAGGUUAUCUCGAACCGGGCUAUUGAAAUUUUGGGCGGAACCAUGGGAAGCAAGAAACCAGUUCACCCUAACGAUCACGUCAACAUGUCAGCUUCUUCAAACGAUACGUUCCCUACUGUUAUGCACAUUGCUGCAGUCCUCGAAAUCGAGAAUGAGCUCCUCCCUGCGACUAAGUCAUUACGAGAUGCUCUCCAAGCUAAAGUAGAUGAAUUUGAGGCGAAGAAUAUUAUUAAGAUUGGACGAACCCAUUUGCAAGAUGCAACUCCUCUUACCCUCGCCCAGGAGUUUUCCGGAUAUGUCGCACAACUUGAUUAUGGUAUCGAGCGUGUCGAAUCAUCCCUUCCCCACCUUAGACUCUUAGCGCAAGGAGGAACUGCUGUAGGUACUGGUAUCAACACUUUCAAGGGAUUCGCAGAAGCUAUCGCAGAAGAGGUUACUAAGAUGACCGGAACCCAAUUCACCACUGCACCUAACAAAUUCGAAGCUCUUGCAGCUCACGAUGCAAUUGUUCAAGCUUCUGGAUCCCUCACCACCCUCGCCUCAUCCCUCUUUAAGAUUGCCCAAGAUAUCCGAUAUCUUGGAUCCGGUCCUCGAUGUGGCCUCGGCGAGCUUGCCCUACCAGAAAACGAGCCUGGAAGUUCGAUCAUGCCGGGUAAAGUCAACCCAACCCAAUGCGAGGCCAUCACUAUGGUUUGCGCCCAGGUUAUUGGAAACGGCACUGCCACAACCAUUGGUGGCAUGAACGGCCAGUUUGAGUUAAACGUAUUCAAGCCAUUGGUUAUUAGAAAUCUGUUGCACAGCAUUCGAAUCUUGAGCGAUGGAAUGAGAAGCUUUGAGAAGAACUUGGUGGUUGGAUUACAAGCCAAUGAAGAAAAGAUUCAAAGUAUCCUGAAAGAAUCUCUCAUGUUAGUCACCUGCCUGAACCCAAAAAUCGGUUACGAUAUGGCUAGCAAAGUGGCCAAGAAUGCCCACAAGAAAGGAUUGACCUUGAAGGAGUCAGCCAUGGAGUUGAAGGCUUUGAGUGAAGAGGACUUCGAUAAGUUGGUUAGACCGGAGUUGAUGGUUGGACCAGAGGAUUACAAGAAAUAAGCAACAUAAAGAGAAAACAACUGUAAGGGCAGUGACGAAGAAUGCAUUGAUACCAUACAUGAGCGAUGUUGAUGAUUAGCGUCAUUGUUAUUUGUAUGUGGCAAUAUACUCAUAGACGGGCUGGAGCGGAUUGAGCAGUUUGCAGCACUAGCAUUGCUGUGCGUAUAUAUAUAAAUGUAGAUAUACAUAUAGGUUUGCUUGAGGAAGUUGUAGAAUAGGAGAAAGACGAUGAUUGAUUAAAUGUGAUUAUAUCUCUCUACCGACAAGCUCCCAAGACAUGAUGC